GUUUGCUAACCGGUAUUUCUGAUUUUCCAAAAUAUGGUAGCCUUAGCGAUGAGGGUGGCAAUGUUUGUUAGGUCUGAGAGAAGACCUAAAAAUCUCCCAACAUAUGCUUUACCUGGCAUACCAUUUUACAAUAAUAUCAGGUUGUAUAGUUUUUGAGUAUAAGAAAAUAGGGGAUGUAGGUUAGAAAGUUGAAAGCAAAAGAGAACCAAAUUGAUUUCACCAAGCAACCCUUGUUUUUUGUAUGGUUUGCCUAGACUUUCCAUCAACUAACCCACAUCACAAUUCAAUUGCCUUCUUCUUCUUCUUCUUCUUCUUCUAGCAGCCUAUCUACGCUUCUUCAUCGCCAAUCAGCAGAUGUGCUCCAGAGGCCACUGGAGGCCUGCUGAAGAUGACAAGCUGCUGGACCUGGUCCAACGCUAUGGUCCUCAUAAUUGGAACGCCAUAGCCGAAAAGCUUCAAGGCCGAUCAGGCAAAAGCUGCAGGCUGAGAUGGUUCAACCAGUUAGAUCCCAGAAUCAAUAGAAGCCCUUUCACGGAAGAGGAAGAAGAACGACUUUUGGCUUCCCAUCGGAUCCACGGCAAUCGAUGGUCUGUUAUUGCAAGGCUUUUCCCUGGCCGUACUGAUAACGCCGUCAAGAACCAUUGGCAUGUCAUCAUGGCUCGUAGAUGCCGCCGACAAAGAUCCUCUUCCAAAACUCUUCCUCCUUCCACUUCCACUUCCACUUCCACCUCACAUCAACAUCACAUAACAAGCACCACCCUUUUCCCCCACAAUAAUUACAUGCACGCUUUCCCUCCUUACUCUUAUUUCAAACACUUUUACGCACACAAUCCAAACCCUAGUCUUACCACCACUACUCAAGCAGAUACAACCCAGCCAACCGAAUUCUACGAUUUCCUUCAAGUAAAUACAGACUCCAACGAAAGCGAAGUGACAGACAACACCUGCAAGAGAGACGGUGAAGAGGUGGAUCAGGAACAUCAGAGUAGGCCUGCUGUUCCCUUCUUCGAUUUCUUAUCAGUGCCCAGAAAACUAUAUACGAUUCACAAAAGGAGACUCAGGUGAACCGUCCCAACUCUUCACCGGAAGUUAAAGACAAAUUACUUCAAUAUGAAGACAAUAGUUUUUAUUGUUGAGAGUUUCAUUAGUUAUUUGAAGGACGGGGCACGAAAAACGAGUCAAUCCCCUCAACCAUCAUUUAUAUCAACACAUUGUAGGGAAAAACUAAUUGGAAGCUUUGGUAGAUGUUUCCACUGCAUUAAUUGACAAACACUGUAUUUAAGAAUGUAAAUGUAAUAUUGAAGCAAUCUAAGCUUUUUUUAUAUGUAGAAAACAGACCUCAUGAUUUA